AUGCUGAGUGUGGCGGAAGCUGCAGCGCAGGUCUCGGGCCCGACUGGGAAACUUAGGGCGCCGCUGCACCUGCCCCAGUUCGUGCGAGAGCUCCGUAGCGGGGCCUGGGAUCGACUAAGCGCCCUAGCUGCGACCAAAAAGUCCUUAUUUUCUCUUCUAGAUGGAGGCAUGGCUCGGUCGGUGUUAAAGCCUGCAGCCCGUCUGGUCGCCCGAGUUCUUGCACCAAAGGACCUUCCCACUCACCUUCCCUCUGGGGCAAUGUGAGGCCAGUUAGAAACCCCAGGUUCCCGAGGGAGCCAGGUAUCGUCCCCUGCGGGCAGCCCAGGGCUCUGCAGGGUUAAGACUGGAUUACACGAAGGUCGGGGACGGCUGGGGCUCAGAUUCGGACUCCUGAGGAGCCGCCCCAACCCCAGGCUCUGAUUCCACUCCCGUGACGGUCGAGACGCCUUGCUAGUGUCCUCUCAUCGGGAACUGGAUCAUUCAGAGCGAUUAUGAGUCACAAAGCCGUAGGGCCUUGGGGAGAGUACCACGGGGCGGGGUCAGGGCCCCCACACCCCACCCCGAGGCAGGGUGACGCCCGCGGUCACUUCACAAGGCAGAAAUUGUUACCUGGGCAAUAAAAGGCCCCGCGGAGGCGGGGGCCGGGGAGUGGGCACAUGGGGGUGCGGGUGUGCAGGUGCCAAGCGCCAUGGGUUAGGCCCGAGAUCGGAGUCCGGCCGCCCCCCGACAGCAGCCGCCUCCUGCUCCCCACGCGCCCCAGGCGCCACCAUGUCGGGCGACAAGCUUCUGAGCGAACUCGGCUAUAAGCUGGGCCGCACGAUAGGAGAGGGCAGUUACUCCAAGGUAAAGGUGGCUACGUCCAAGAAAUACAAGGGCACAGUGGCCAUCAAGGUGGUAGACCGGCGGCGCGCGCCGCCCGACUUUGUCAACAAGUUCCUGCCACGCGAGCUGUCCAUCCUUCGGGGAGUGCGGCACCCACACAUCGUGCACGUCUUCGAAUUCAUCGAGGUGUGCAACGGGAAGCUGUACAUCGUGAUGGAGGCGGCCGCCACCGACCUACUGCAGGCGGUGCAGCGAAACGGGCGCAUCCCCGGGGGGCAGGCUCGCGACCUCUUCGCGCAGAUCGCCGGUGCCGUGCGCUACCUACACGACCACCACCUGGUGCACCGCGACCUCAAGUGCGAAAACGUGCUGCUGAGCCCUGAUGAGCGCCGCGUCAAGCUCACCGACUUCGGCUUUGGCCGUCAGGCUCACGGAUACCCCGAUCUGAGCACCACCUACUGCGGCUCUGCCGCCUACGCGUCGCCCGAGGUACUGCUGGGCAUCCCCUACGACCCCAAGAAGUACGACGUAUGGAGCCUGGGCGUCGUGCUCUACGUCAUGGUCACCGGGUGUAUGCCCUUCGACGACUCGGACAUCGCCGGCCUGCCCCGACGCCAGAAGCGCGGCGUUCUCUACCCCGACGGCCUCGAGCUGUCCGAGCGCUGCAAAGCACUAAUAGCCGAGUUGCUGCAGUUCAGCCCGUCGGCCAGGCCCUCCGCGGGCCAAGUAGCGCGCAACGGCUGGCUGCGAGCGGGGGACUCCGGCUAGAAGCCGGGGUUCCCACCGUUCCCGCCGCCCCGAGCAUUGCGCAAGCGCAGGGCACGCGCAACAAGCGCGCUUCGGUAGUUCCCGCGGAGCCGCCGCGCACCGCUGUGCACGCGCCCUUCCCCCUUCCCUACUUCGACGCCGGGGGCCGCAGUCGCCCCUGUUUGGAAUUCAACUACUCCAACAAGAUUCCCAAGAGCAGGAGGGCGCAUGCGCCCCCUCGGUUACCGGCGAGAAGGCCCCAGGAGGGGGCCAGAUGAGAGGAGACAGAAACGUUGCGCCGGUGCAGGGUGAGCGACCGCUACGCGGUGGGCGGUGGCUGCUUGGAGAAGCUGCUGGCGAGCGGACGCGCGCGGAGGGCGUCCAUCCACAGCCAGCCCCGCAUACCGGUGAGGGAAGGCGCGCUCCAGGCGCUGCCCUUCCUGGAACUUGCAAUAAACUCGCUCUUUCUCGCACCUAGCUCUAGCAAUGGCCCCCUUUUAUGGAGCAGCGGGGAGGGGAUCACUCCUCGCGGAAAGGCAGGCACGGGCACCCCAUUUUAGAGAGACUUGUGGCGGUUCUUGCUCCAGGUCUGAAAAGGGAGUUAGGAGGAUUCAAACAGAGACCUUUCGGGCUCCCCAUCCUGGGCAGACUCGAAAGGGCCUUGGCGUCAUCCUCAGCAAUAUGGUGGCCCUGGGAAUGGAGGUGUUGGAUUGGGCAGCAAGGACCCCAGCACCUUUCUGGUGUUUAAGGAUGGGACAGCAAGGGGCGGGGGGCGCCUGUCCAGGCAGAAACAGUGUUUACAAAAGAGGAAAUUGAGGCCCACACAGGGAUCACUUGCCCAAGAACAGCCAGCAUUGGCACCCAGAUACAUCUGAAGUGGGGCGGGGAGGUGGUGGAAGCUCUCCUUAGUGUUUGGCCC